UCCUUCUGCUCUCACCACCACGACGAUGUCCGACACCGCUGGAAAGACCAUCACCUGCAAGGCCGCCGUCUGCUGGGGCGCGGGCGAGGACCUGGUAAUCGAGGACAUCGAGGUCGCCCCGCCUAAGGCGCACGAAGUGCGCAUCCGCAUCCUGCAUACUGGUAUCUGCCACACCGACGAAUACACCCGUAGCGGCAAGGACCCUGAGGGCCUGUUCCCCGUCGUCCUUGGCCACGAAGGCGGAGGCAUCGUUGAAUCCGUCGGCGAGGGCGUGACGAGCGUCGCGGUCGGCGACCAUGUCAUCCCCCUGUACACUGCCGAAUGCCGCGAGUGCAAGUUCUGCAAGAGCGGCAAGACCAACCUGUGCGGCGCUGUCCGCGCUACUCAGGGUCAGGGCGUCAUGCCCGACGGUACCAGCCGCUUCACUUGCAAGGGAAAGUCGCUGUACCAUUUCAUGGGCACCUCCACCUUUUCGCAGUACACCGUCGUCGCAGACGUCUCUGUCGUCGCUGUCGACAAAAAAGCACCUCUUGAGAAGGUCUGCCUUCUCGGCUGUGGUAUCACCACCGCAUGGGGCGCCGUGGUGAAGCAGCCUGGCAUCACAAACUCCACCGUCGCCGUCUUCGGCUGCGGCGCCAUCGGCCUCGGCGUUAUCGCCACCUCCGCCCUCGUCAAAGCCUCGCGCAUCAUCGCCGUCGACACGAACCCCGGGAAGGAGGCCUGGGCGAAGAAGAUGGGCGCGACCGACUUUGUGAACCCCGCGCAGUUGCCGGAGGGCACGCGGAUCCAGGAUAAGCUCAUCGAGAUGACCGAUGGAGGGCUUGAUUAUACUUUCGACUGCACCGGCAACGUCCACGUCAUGCGCGCCGCGCUCGAGGCGUGCCACAAGGGCUGGGGCGUCUCCACCAUCAUCGGCGUCGCCGCCGCCGGGCAGGAGAUCUCCACGCGCCCCUUCCAGCUCGUCACCGGCCGCGUCUGGCGCGGGUCGGCGUUCGGUGGCGUGAAGGGCCGCACGGAGAUCCCGGGCCUCGUUGAGGACUAUCUGAAUGGUAAGGUGAAGAUCGACGAGUAUGUGACGCAUCAGCGCAAGCUGGGCGAUCUGUACAGCGGAUUCCAUGAUAUGCAUGCUGGCGAUUGCAUUCGUUGCGUGGUCGACAUGUCGUAAAUUCGCAAAGAAGGCAAAGAAAUGCACGACGUAGUUGUACGAUUAUUCUGUAACCUGUACUUUCCGAAAUGAAGGUGUCGAGGUUGUUGCCACA